CUUCCGCUUUGGAGGAGCUGCGCGAUCGUCAUUUCCGGGAUUGCCUCGUGGAGAUCGUCGCCUUGAAAGCUUUUGGGAUGGCGGUCUUUGCAGGCCCUGCCAAGCCACUCUUGUCCCUGAACCCUCAGGAGGAGGCCAAGUUUCAAAAGGAGGUGGCUCAGGUUCGUCGGCGGGCAACCAAGCAACAGAAGCAAGAAAAAGAAAAACUUACUCGUGGAGUAGUCUAUGUGGGCCACCUACCUCCAGCACUUUAUGAAACCCAGAUCCGAGCAUAUUUCUCUCAGUUUGGCACUGUUACAAGAUUCAGACUGUCUAGAAGUAAAAGGACUGGAAAUAGCCGAGGCUAUGCCUUCAUAGAGUUUGAAUCCGAAGAUGUUGCCAAGAUAGUUGCUGAAACAAUGAACAACUACCUUUUUGGUGAAAGACUCUUGAAGUGUCAUGUUAUGCCACCUGAGAAAAUACAUGAGGAACUUUUUAGAGAGUGGCAUAUUCCAUUUAAGAAGCCAUCAUAUCCAGCAGUGAAACGAUAUAACCAGAACCGAACAAUUCUUCAAAAGCUACGGAUGGAGGAGCGAUUUAAGAAGAAAGAAAAAUUACUCAGGAAGAAAUUAGCUAAGAAAGGAAUUGAUUAUGAUUUUCCUUCAUUGAUUUUACAUAAAAAAGAAAAAAACAAUGCUUCAAACGGUGAACCUCGGAAAUCUAGAAAUAGCCAGGUUUUACCUAAGAAGAAGAAAAAAGAGGUUUCAGUCACCCCUGAUACUCCUGAGAAGACUGUGGAUAGCCAGGGCCCCACACCAGUUUGUACACCAACAUUUUUGGAGAAACGAAAAUCUGAAGCGGCUGAAAUGAAUGAUGAUGAUAAAGAUAACGAAAUCGUUUUCAAACAGCCCUCAUCUGGCAUAAAAGAAGAAACACAAGAGACUGAGCUACCUAAACGUUCAAGGAAAAAACGACGAAGAAAAAGCAAUCAAUGAUUCUGAAUGUGCUGUGUAUAUAAUACUUCUGGAAAAUGUGAUUUUAUUAUGAGGGCUUUUUUUUUUGUAUUUAACUAGAUACAAUGGACUACAACUAUUUACAAGACUAUGGGAAGAAACACUGUUGGUUCAAGUUAGGAAAGCAGUAAUUUUGGCUUGCGCCCAGCUGAAAUACAGGUGUGCAUACCAGCUGGCAGCUGGGCUCAUGCUGCCUCUUCUUUCCAGUCUCUUCUAGUUUGCUUUUCAGGUUUCAUAGCUGUGUUUGGUUACCUGCUUGGGUAAGGGUCACCAUUAACUGCAGGUUUAAGUACUAAACUGCAGUCUUUGUUGAUAUCAAAUAGAACAAAAUCUUGCUUGACUGUCUACAUAGUUCUCUGUGUUAGGCCAUGAACAUUUAACCCCUAAGGGUAUUUUAGACUUCAGGUGGUUGAAACUGGAAGUUAAAUUAUGGAGAGUGACAGGGCAGUUCAAGAAUUAAUAAAGAUUCAUACAUGUAUAUGAUUGUUUUAACUAAUGUUAAAUUAGUUUUUGGUAGGUUAGCAUGGAUUAAUAACUACCAUUUUGUAUCAGUAUCAUCAGUGUGGAAUUGUAUUUCAUGAUUCAAACAGUGACCAGUGAAUAAACUUUUUCUACAAUUUAUUUGUAUGCAAGUGAGAUUGGGUGUCUUAAAGUAAUAUGAUAGGUUUUCACCUCAACUAUUAAGUUUCUGAUGCCCUUGAAAUGUGCUUUUGUACUAACUAAUCCAGAUGCAUUAAAAACUACCACAAACA